GGGCCCGCGUGCAGCCGGCAUGGGUGCCUGCCUGGGAGCCUGCUCCCUGCUCAGCUGCGCAUCAUGCCUCUGUGGCUCUGCCCCCUGCAUCCUAUGCAGCUGCUGCCCCUCCAGCCGCAACUCGACUGUGAGCCGCCUCUUCUUCACGGUCUUCCUCUUCCUGGGGGUGUUGGUGUGCAUCAUCAUGCUGAGCCCGGGCGUGGAGAGUCAGCUCCAUAAGCUGCCUUGGGUGUGUGAAGAGGGUGCCAAGAACCCCAUCAUCCUGCAGGGCCACAUCGAUUGUGGCUCCUUGCUCGGCCAUCGCGCUGUCUAUCGAAUGUGCUUCUCCACAGCCGCCUUCUUCUUCUUCUUCACUCUGCUCAUGAUCUAUGUGCGCAGCAGCCGGGACCCCCGGGCUGCCAUCCAGAAUGGGUUCUGGUUCUUUAAGUUCCUGGUCCUCGUGGGAAUCACAGUGGGUGCCUUCUACAUCCCUGACGGCUCCUUCUCCAACAUCUGGUUCUACUUUGGUGUCGUGGGCUCCUUCCUCUUCAUCCUCAUCCAGCUGGUGCUGCUCAUUGACUUUGCGCACUCCUGGAACCAGCAGUGGCUGUGGAAGGCUGAGGAGCGUGACUCCCGCGCCUGGUACGGAGGCCUCUUCUUCUUCACCUUCUUCUUCUAUUCACUGUCCAUUGCGGCGCUGACACUGCUCUACAUCUACUACACCCACCCCGGUGCCUGCCAUGAGAGCAAGGUCUUCCUCAGCCUUAACCUCACCUUCUGCUUCUGUGUCUCCAUCAUCGCCGUCCUGCCCAAGAUCCAGGAAGCCCAGCCCAACUCGGGCCUGCUGCAGGCCUCGGUGGUCACACUCUACACCAUGUUUGUCACUUGGUCGGCCCUGUCCAAUAUCCCAGACCAGAAAUGCAACCCCCAUUUGCUGACCCAUUUUGGCAACGAGACGGUCCUGGCAGGCCCCGAUGGUUAUGUGACCCAGUGGUGGGAUGCACCAAGCAUCGUGGGGCUCAUCAUCUUCAUCCUGUGCACGCUCUUCAUCAGUGUGCGUUCCUCAGACCACCGGCAGGUGAACAGCCUGAUGCAGACAGAGACGUGCCCGCCCAUGCUGGAUGCCACCCAGCAGCAGAUGGUGGUCAGUGAGGGCCGGGCCUACGACAAUGAACAGGACGGUGUCACCUACAGCUACUCCUUCUUUCACUUCUGCCUGGUCCUCGCCUCCCUGCACAUCAUGAUGACACUCACCAACUGGUACAGACCUGGCGAGACCCUGAAGAUGGUCAGCACGUGGACCGCUGUGUGGGUGAAGAUCUGUGCCAGCUGGGCUGGGCUGCUCCUCUACCUGUGGACCCUGGUCGCCCCCGUCCUCCUGCCCGGCCGAGACUUCAGCUGA